UUCACGUAUUUGGAGAUUGUGUUUCAACCACCAAUAUUCUAAACUUGAUUUUACAGCAAAAUUAAUGAUUAUUUUGCCUCUAAAUUCAUCCCUAAGGCCAUUUUAUGAUUAAAUAAAUUUAUUGCAAUAAAAUACAUAGCAAUUGUGGCGCUAGAAGAGUAAAAUUAGACAAAGAAUGCACCCCUCUCAAGGACAUAUUGAUAUGCAAAGUGUAGAAUUUGGUGCAGGUCAAUGUGGGAUCAUGGGAAAAGUGUACAGGAAGUGGGGAAGUUGCGGUGGUGUGCGUGCACGUAUCGCGUGUGUGGGUGAUUUGCGCAUGUUUGUGUGAAUUCAUUUUGAGAACUGAGGUCCUGUCAUUUUGUUUGUUGUUGAGUUUUUUGAGGAAAAAAAGCACAAUGUGCGCCCUGUGAGACCAGGAAAGUGCAAUAAAAGGCAAGAUAACGUGCAAAGGAUAACAAUGAACUUCUCAGCUUUCGGCGGACCCUUCUCCGGGAUCCACCAAUUUGCCGCAAAGUUCGGCAACGACACCACACAACUUGGUUCUUAUGCGGCGAACGCGUCAUCUGAGUCUGGGGCCCAGGAUGGCCGCUACACAAAUCCCAAUCACUUUAGUCAGAAUCCAGCAGUUUCUAGUCCCAAUAUGCAGUACGCCCAGAAUAUCCCAAUCCCCUAUGCGUCUGGGCAGCCAUCACAGAAUGAGCAUCUCUUUCUGCAUGAAAAGCAAAAGGCGAGUGGACUAAAGUUGGAUCGUAGUCGCGAUGAGGCGGUGCUGAAUCAGCAACUACUGCAGAAUGUCAAUCAAUCCUGGCAGACGCUGGCAAAUCCAGCCAAUUCCGUUGACUACUCAUCGCAUUUGCUAUCCGCUACACUGCCCAUCUCCAUCCAGCACUUCCUAAAGUACUCAGAAUCCAUCAAGAAGGAAUCUGGCAUCUCAGGGACUGGCCCGUCAGCUGGCGCGGCCAAUGGGGCCGUCACAAGUGCCGCCUCGAGCCUCUUGGCUGCAAAUCUCACGCAUGAACUUGAGGCGGAUCUCAAUCCACCCACAACACAAGCCACGGGGGCUCCGGCCACCAAUUCGGGCACAAGCUCAGGGAAGAAGAAAAAGAAGAAAGCCCCAAAGCAGAAGGCACCGCGUACGGUGAAGAAGCCACGCCCGAAGCCCGGGGAAAUACGUGAAACCAAAGCUCUCGAUGGGUCAACGCUCUAUUGCUGCCCGGAAUGCCAGAUGGCCUACCCGGAUAGGCCGCUUAUUGAGCAGCACGUUAUCUCGCAUGCCAUAGAGAGAAGAUUUGUCUGCGACAUUUGCAAUGCCGCCCUUAAGCGCAAGGAUCAUCUAACGAGACACAAGCUAUCUCACAUCCCAGACAGGCCGCACAUUUGCAAUAUCUGUAUGAAGUCAUUCAAGCGUAAAGAGCAAUUGACAUUGCAUAUCGUUAUCCAUUCUGGGGAGAAGAAGCAUAUAUGUCCGGAAUGUGGCAAAGGCUUCUAUCGGAAGGAUCACUUGCGUAAGCACACUCGAAGUCACAUUGCACGUCGUGUCAAGUCUGAGGUGUCUGCCCAGGCUGUAGCUCCAACGGGCAGUAGAAGUCAAAUACACGCUUCCUGAGCCUCGUACAAAGACUUCUGGUAGGUUUGGACGAUUUAUCAUUUCUUUCGCAGCAGCACUGUGGUGGGACGUGAGAUUUUUUCUUGUAUCUCUCAUUUUUUUUCUAUAAGGAGUUCUGUGCGUGUUCGUGUUUGUGGAUAUAUAAAAGUAAUAUAUAUAUUAUAAAUAAAUAUAUAAAUAUAAUAUAAUUAUAAUGAUAUAAUUCAAAGUAAAAAAAAAAGAAUAUUUUUCUCCAAGUGUCAUAUUGGGUUUUAAUGAAGUAUAAACCUCUUGAUUUUUUAGUGAACCCCCACUGUGCUGCGCAAAAUUUUUUUAGCAUGAAAAAAAUUGAAAGAAAAUGAUGACAAUAUGUCCAUUUGUGACGGAGGUGCAAGAUAUUUUUAUGUAAAGAUUUUUACAAAAGAAUAUAAAACUCUUGUCCUCCUGAAGGUAAACCUACCAGAGAGUCUCUAAAGAACAAAUAAAACGUAUCUUUAAGGAUAUUUUGAGAGAAGAAAGAAAGAAAAAAACUUGAAUUAAACCACCAGUUUAAUAAUUUUUAAUUUAACUAAUUUAAUGUCGUAUGUGCAAAUUAUUGUUCGUUCAUCUUAUAAAUUCAGUGUUAAAAAAAAUAAAUUAGUCAUGAUGAGGAGAGCUGAAUAAAAAAAAAAGAAUAAAUGAUGGAGAAGGAGACAAGUAUAACAAAAAAAAAGUAUUUGCGUAAAAAAAAUUGAGAAAAAAAUGAACAAAAAAUGUAGUAGUAAGAAAAAAAAGUAUAUAUAAACACACCCUUCUUCUUAAUCUCUAUUAUAUAUUUGAGAGAGAAAAAAAGUAUAAUUAUAUUUAUUAUUUAAUUUACUGUAUGACCUAUUGAAUAUGUCUUGCAAUUGUAAAAUUAUACAAAGUAUGAGAAAAACUAAUAAAAAACAAGUAUAUUUGCUAAUGUAAUAA